AUGAGCCGCCGCGUGGUGCGCCAGAGCAAGUUCCGGCACGUCUUCGGGCAGCCGGUGAAGGCCGACCAGAUGUAUGAGGACAUCCGUGUCUCCAAAGUGACGUGGGACAGCUCCUUCUGUGCCGUCAACCCCAAGUUUGUGGCCAUCAUCGUGGAGUCCGGCGGUGGGGGGGCCUUCAUGGUCCUGCCCCUUGCCAAGACAGGACGGGUGGACAAGAACCACCCGCUGGUGACGGGGCACACGGCGCCCGUGCUGGACAUCGACUGGUGUCCCCACAAUGACAACGUCAUCGCCAGCGCCUCGGAGGA